AGUCCCGCCCCUCCCGGCCCGGGGCUGAGCUCGGCGGCCCUGACCAGCAGCGGGCGGCGGGUCGGGUCGGGUUGGGGCGGCCAGUGAGUGAGUGCUCGGCCCUGCGAUGGAGAACGUGGACGAGUGUCUGGCGGAGGAGCGCGUCGGCAGAGUGGAUCCCUAUGGAUUCCGAAGACCGCAGGAUUUCGAUUACGUGUCCUACGAGCGGUUCAUGUCCGACUACCUGACGGUGCUCACCCGGAGGGCCAUCAAGUGGUCCAAACUUCUGCAGCGCAGCAAAGUGGAGAAGAGCGUGAAAGUGAAACGAUACAUCAGAAAAGGUAUUCCAAAUGAACACCGCAGUCUUAUCUGGAUGAUUGUUAGUGGAGCCCAGGCACAGAUGGAAAAGAAUCCGGGCUAUUUUAGGAAACUACUGGAAGGGGAACAAGAUCCGAAGCUGGUUGAAGCUGUAAAAACAGACUUGAACAGAACAUUUCCUGACAAUGAAUAUUUUCGAAAAAAUGCUAAUCCCUGCUUUCAGCGUGAACUUUUUAAUGUUUUAGUAGCAUACGGAAACCAUAACAAAAUAGUCGGUUAUUGUCAGGGCAUGAAUUUUAUUGCAGGGUAUUUGAUUAUAGUUACCAAGGAUGAAGAAAAGGCGUUCUGGUUAUUAGAUGCCCUGGUUGGAAAAAUAAUACCUGAUUUCUACUCCCCAACAAUGAUUGGACUUAAGACUGAUCAAGAGGUUCUUGGUGAGCUGGUGAAAAUGAAAAUCCCGGCAGUGGCUGCGCUAAUGGAUCAUCAUAAUGUUAUGUGGACACUUGUUGUGUCACGAUGGUUCAUUUGUCUAUUCAUUGACAUUCUUCCAGUUGAGACUGUUUUCCGGAUAUGGGACUGUCUGUUUUAUGAAGGAUCCAAAAUUAUCUUUCGUGUGGCCUUGACUUUGAUAAAGCACCAGCAAGCUUCCAUUUUGGAAGCAAAUAACUUUCCAGACGUCUGUGAGAAAUUUAAAGAGAUCACACAGGGACCAUUAAUCACGGAUUGCCACAACUUCAUGCAGAAAAUAUUUCGUGAACCUGGUGGAUUGUCCUUGGCAUUGAUUACCAAACUCCGAGAGAGCUGUAGGGCCAGAAUACUUGCACAAGGUUGAUGUACACUACACAUUGCUGCAACGCUGAUAACCUCAGUAGAAUAUUUGACAUUCCUCAAUCAAUUAUCAGGAAACAUUUGUUGACUGUUAACAAAAAUAUGCUGUAAGUUUUGCCUUUUGAAUAAUUGUAGAUAUAUUGUACACACUUUAAAUUCAGGUAGAUCAGACUUUUUUGAUCAAAUGACUUGCAAUGUUUGAAAUAAUUUUACUGUAUGGUAAAAUAGUUGCCACCCUGUGGCCUACAGGAAAUUAAACAAUUAGGUUAUUUUGAAAUUUUUAGCCUGUUUUUAAAAAUCUGGUUUGUACCUUUAUUUCCAGUGUAUUGUUUGCAUUUGAUUCCACUGUUAAUUGUACAGAGAAAUAUAAUUCAGCAAAUGUUAAACUCUCAAUACUGCUACUACUUUUAAUUUGAUUAUUUUAAAUGAACAUUGAUACCAGCAUCCUUCAAUCAGUUGCAACUGAAUAUCUUGUGCUGUAGAAGUGCUACAAGGUGUACAAUAACUGAAACUACAAGCUAUCUAGGUAGGUACUAAAUCAGGGAAUUACUGCUUUGUUUUAUGCAAGUAAACCAGUUUGAUUUCCCUCAUGAAAAUGGUGUUUGCUCCUUCAAAGGCAGAAUAUUUUCCCUUAUCACUGUACAAAUCUGUUUUGUAUUCAGAGUGAAUGUAAAACUGAAAGAUUUAAAAAUGAAACUAAAAAAAAAUAAAUGUUUUAAAAAAA